AUGAUUGUGACAAAUGUAACAACAGUGACCGGCUUCCUCCUCCUGGGGUUCUCUGACCACCAGGAGCUGCAGAUCCUGCAUGCUUUGCUCUUCUUGGUGAUGUUGUUGGGCUUGACAGGUAACUUCAUCAUCAUCACCAUCACAACGAUGAACUCACAGCUCCAAUCUCCAAUGUAUUACUUCCUGAAGCACCUUUCCCUUCUCAACCUCUCCUUCCUUUCUGUCACUGUCCCCCAAUCUAUCCACGACUUCCUGACAGGCACUGGAUACAUUUCCGAUGCUCAAUGUGUGUUUCAGAUUUUCUUCUUGAUAUAUUUGGGCUGGGCUGAGGUGGCAAUUCUCACAGUGAUGUCCUAUGAUCACUGUGUGGACAUCUGCCUCCCUCUGCACUAUGAGGUCAUUAUGAGUCCCAGAAUGUGCAGAUGGGCUGCGGCAUCUGUGUGGCUAAGUGCAGCCAUUCUAGGAACCCUGUGCACAGCAAACAUAUUCUCUAUCAGAUUCUGCAGGGUCAAGAUAAUCCACAAGUUCUUCUGUGAUGUCCCCCAAUUGCUCAAGAUCUCCUGCUCCAAUGAUUAUCUGGGUGGAGUUGGAACAGUUGCUUUCAUUGCUGUCAUGGUAAUUUCCUGUUUCACUGCCAUUUGCCUUUCCUAUAUCCAGAUAUUCUCCACAGUCCUCAGGAUGCCCUCUGUGAAAGGUAGGUCUAAAGUCUUCUCCACCUGCCUGCCCCAUCUCUGUGUCAUCUCAUCUUAUAUUUCCACUGGCAUCUUUGCAUAUCUAAAGCCAACCUCAGACUCUCCAAGUGCCCUAGACCUUAUCAUCUCUAUGUUUUACACAGUACUUCCUCCAACACUCAACCCUAUUAUCUACAGUCUGAGGAAUGAUUCCAUGAAAACAGCUGCAAGAAAGUUACUGUUAAAUGAUAUAUUCAGUAGCAGAACAUUAGUUUUGUCUUGUUGUUCAUAG